GGAUGCCCCUACGGCUCCGAUUUCACUUCCCUCUCAACUUCCCCCUACUCGGACAGACUCCGAAUCUCCCUCUUAUUUUUUUUUCGUCUCUCUCUCAUCUCUCUCAGCUCCAGCUUGUACCGGACCCCCCGCCCUUACAAGUUACAAGACAGUGAAAGUAUCCCUUGUCUUUCCUUUUCUCUCUCUCCAAUGCCACCUGAGUUCCUUUCGAUUUCACCCCCGAGUUUAAAAAAAUCCUCUGUUUCUCUGUAAUCUCAAUCGAUAGCGAUAGGGCCUACUGUUCAACGGUCAGUCACUUCCUCCCAAGCUCCUCUCUCUUUUUUCUCUCUCAUGGCUACGAUCUCGAACUACGUGCUCUGUUUAUUUAUGGAUAGUGGAGUCGCCGCGGAUCCUUUCCAUUUGGGGUUUCACCUUGCGUGAUUUUAUUGGAAAUGCCUCUCCUGCCUGUGAAAUCUUUUUAGCUACUGUUCAAAGAUUGUCAUCUGCGAGCAAUGGCCUGAAUUAGCUGAUAUAGUCGGAGAACAAUGGCUUGAGCUUGCAUAGUCAGGCUUCUCCUUGUACUUCAUAGCUUUAGAUUACCUUUUAUUCCCUAAAAUUUAUUUAUGGUAGGCAUGUCCGUGACUGAGGGUUAGGGUUGUAUCAAUAUCUCUAUAAUUAGAAACAAUACCGCUCCAAAAAGAAGAAGAAGAAAAGCGACAAAGGAAAAGGUCGAUAUGAAGCUUUCAACAUCGGGAUUGAGUCUGCUGGAUGACGAAGGACUACUACUUAAUCUUUUCUUUUCUAUAAUUGGAGGGGAAGGGGGAGGGGAGAAGAAAUGCUUAAAUUCGGAGCUGUGGCAUGCAUGUGCUGGACCGCUGGUGUCCCUACCGACGCCGGGGACUCGUGUCGUCUACUUUCCUCAGGGUCAUAGCGAGCAGGUUGCUGCCACUACUAACAAAGAAGUUGAUGGACACAUUCCCAAUUACCCGAGCUUGCCGCCCCAGUUGAUUUGUCAGCUCCACAAUGUCACGAUGCAUGCAGAUGUGGAAACGGAUGAAGUAUAUGCGCAAGUGAUGUUACAGCCUUUGACUCUGGAAGAGCAAAAGGAUACGUUCCUACCUCUGGAAUUGGGGAUUCCAAGCAAGCAGCCCACCAAUUACUUUUGCAAGACAUUGACAGCAAGUGACACUAGUACCCAUGGAGGGUUCUCUGUUCCUCGUCGUGCUGCUGAGAAAGUUUUCCCUCCAUUGGAUUUCUCACAACAGCCACCGGCUCAGGAACUUAUUGCAAGGGAUCUCCAUGAUGUUGAGUGGAAGUUUAGGCAUAUUUUUCGAGGACAGCCUAAACGGCAUCUUCUUACUACUGGAUGGAGUGUGUUUGUUAGUGCCAAAAGACUUGUUGCAGGGGACUCUGUUCUCUUUAUCUGGAAUGAAAAGAAUCAGCUGCUUUUGGGAAUACGCCGUGCCACCCGACCACAAACAGUGACGCCAUCAUCUGUUUUGUCAAGUGAUAGCAUGCACAUCGGACUCCUAGCAGCUGCUGCUCAUGCUGCUUCAACUAAUAGCUGUUUUACUGUUUUCUAUAACCCAAGGGCUAGUCCAUCUGAAUUUGUCAUACCCCUUUCAAAGUAUGUUAAAGCUGUAUUUCACACACGUGUAUCAGUUGGGAUGCGUUUCCGGAUGCUUUUUGAGACCGAAGAGUCAAGUGUUAGAAGGUAUAUGGGCACGAUAACUGGAAUAAGUGAACUGGAUCCUGUUCGUUGGCCAAAUUCUCAUUGGAGAUCUGUUAAGGUUGGUUGGGACGAGUCAACAGCUGGUGAGAGGCAGCCAAGGGUAUCUUUGUGGGAUAUUGAACCUUUAACAACUUUCCCCAUGUAUCCAUCGAUGUUUCCCCUCAGACUGAAACGCCCCUGGCAUCCUGGGGUCUCAUCUUUGCUUGAUAGCAGGGAUGGAGCGAAUGGGAUGAUGUGGUUAAGGGGGGCAACAGGAGAGCAUGGUCUUAACUCCCUUAAUUUUCAGGGCGUUGGCUUGUUACCCUGGAUGCAGCAGAGACUGGACCCAACAUUGCUUGGAAAUGAUCUUAAUCAGCAGUACCAAGCUAUGUUGGCUGCUGGAAUGCAGAGCCUAGGAAGUGGAGAUCUCCUGAGACAACAAAUUAUGCAAUCUCAGCAGCCCUUUCAACAUCUUCAACAGCGUGAGAUCCAUACUUCACUCUUGUUGCAGCAGCAGCAGCAGCAGCAACACCAACAGCAAGCAGCAAUUAACCAAGUAGUACCUCAUAAUAUCCUGCAGGUACAAACCCAGGCUUUAACAGAGAACAUACCUCCUCCCCUUUUAGGGCAACCGCUGAACAAUCAACAAGAGGAACAGGCACGGCAACACCAACAUACUUCUCAGAAUGCACUUAAUUUUCGUAGUGAUCAGCUACAUCAGAGAAUUCAGACAAAUGUGCCUUCAUCUUUUGCAAAAGCAGACUUCAUGGAUCCCAGCACAAAGUUCCCGGCAUCUGUUACUCCUAGACAGAAUAUGGUCAGUUCCUUUUGUCCCGAAGGGAGUAGCAGUUUAUUGAACUUCUCCAGAGUUGGUCAGUCAAUGCUGGCCGAGCAGUUACCCCAACAAUCCUGGGCUUCUAACUACACACAUUCACAUGUCACCGAUUUUGCCCACUCAAUCUCGCACACGCCAUAUCCUGGGAAAGAUGCUACUGAAGAGCCAGAGAAUUGUAUUUCUGAUUCCCAUAAUCCUGCACCUUUUGGUGUUAAUCUCGAUUCACCUGGGCUUCUACUCCCUGUCACCAUGCCUACAUUUGCUACUUCAGUUGAUGCAGACGUGUCCUCAAUGCCAUUAACAAAUUCUGGAUUUCAGAAUUCUCUGUAUGGUUCUGUGCAAGACUCAUCUGAGUUAUUUCAAAGCUCAGGGCAAGUUGACCCACUAAUCCCUUCUCGGACUUUUGUCAAGGUUUAUAAAUCAGGGUGGUCGGUUGGGCGCUCACUAGACAUCUCCCGGUUCAGCAGCUAUAACGAGCUGCAGGAGGAGCUGGCUCAGAUGUUUGGAAUUGGGGGAAGUUUAGAAGAACCCCUUAGAUCAGGCUGGCAGCUUGUAUUUGUUGACAGGGAGAAUGACGUGCUUCUCCCUGGAGACGACCCAUGGGAGGCGUUUGUGAAUAAUGUUUGGUAUAUAAAGAUACUUUCACCCGAGGAUAUCCAUACAAUGUAAGAGCGAGCAGGCCCACAUGUAUCUCCAAGGCUAAAUAAUGGUGGAGGUGGCUGUGGCAGUGGUGAAGCUCGAGAGAGAACUUGUUUCCAGGGUAACCAUCUCCUGACAUGCUCGAGUACUGAGGUAGAGAGAAGCAUUCGAUUCGAUACACUCCCCAUUCCCCAGACAUUGCAUCAAUUUUAAUCCAAUGGAUCGCCUACUUAUGUUGCCUCUAAAGAGCCCUUAAUUUGUCUCAAAAUGUACUGUACUGUACUGUAAUGUACGGACCCCUAUUUGUCAAGAAAGUACUGCCCUCAAACUAUGCUCGUGGUACUAUUAUUGUAAAAACAAUGCUUCAUUUCUUUUAUGGAUUUUAAACGCAGAUAUACUCAAAAAGUAUUCAAUGCGCAAAAUAAUAUCCUUUCAAGUUUA